UGUAGUUCACCACAGGCAAACUCAAGUCAGAGCCUGCCUAAAAUUGGAGCGUAUAUAGAGCCAAUAACUAAUGGAGCGUUAUUAUUCCUUGCGUAGAGCAUAUUUGGCGAUCGGCUCUUUCCCAGCUGUCCCAACUGGCCUUCACUCCCCGGAAGAGAGGUUGAAAGAAACGAUAAAAGGGAGUCUUCCUGCGGCAUAAAAGAGGCUAACCUUGGACGUGGCGCUGCAUCUUUUCCGGCAAUGAGCAGCUGCGGAGAGGAAGAGUUUGAGCCUUCGGCGCUGGGGACCAAAGAACACUGGGAUGCAGCAUAUGAACGAGAACUACAUAAUUUUAAAGAAAGUGGUGAUACUGGGGACAUUUGGUUUGGUGAAGAAAGUAUGACUCGUAUAAUUAGAUGGCUAGAAAAACAAAAGAUACCUCUGGAUGCUUCUGUCCUUGACAUUGGAACAGGAAAUGGCAUUUUGCUGGUUGAAUUGAGUAAAUGUGGUUACACCAAUCUUACAGGAGUUGACUACUCUCCUUCUGCAGUGCAACUUUCAAAAAAUAUAAUGGAAAAAGAAGGGCUAUCUUAUAUUAAACUGCUGAUUGAAGACAUUUUAAAUCCCUCAAAUGAAUUGUCAAGUUUUCAGAUCUGCAUUGAUAAAGGGACUUUUGAUGCUAUUAGUUUGAGCCCAGAUAGUGCAGCAGAGAAAAAGAAACAGUAUAUUAAAUCCCUCCAGAGGCUGUUGAGAUCAAAUGGCUUUUUCCUUAUUACAUCUUGUAACUGGACUAAAGAAGAACUGUGCAAACAAUUUGAAGAAGGGUUUCUACUUUUGGAGGAACUGCCAUGCCCAACCUUCUGCUUUGGAGGAAGAACUGGAAAUAAUGUAACUGCCUUGGUUUUACAAAAAACAUAACAAAGUUUUGAAUAAAUUUUGGGAUGAAGAUCUCCUUUUGUGAAUUUUGGAUUUUACCAUAGAACUGGAUUCAAAAGUAAAAUACAAGUUUUAGAAAUUUGAUAGAUGUCUAUAUGUUUGAUU